UGUGUGUGUGUGUGUGUGUGUGUGUGUGUUUGAGCACGCGCGCGCGGUGUGUGUGGGGCUCCGGCGGUUGCGCGCCCUUCACCUUGCUGCACAGAAGCCCGGCUGCUGCCCUGAGCCCCUAGCCCAGCCGGGCGUCGGGCGUCGGGCGUUGCGGGCCAGCAUGGGCCAGGAAGAGGCGCUGCUGAGGAUCGCCCGAAAGCUGGAGAAGAUGGUGGCCAGGAAGAACACGGACGGGGCCCUGGACCUUCUGAAGAAGCUGAACAGCUGUCCAAUGUCCAUCCAGCUGCUUCAGACAACCAGGAUUGGGGUUGCUGUUAAUGGGGUUCGCAAGCACUGCUCAGACAAGGAGGUGGUGGCCUUGGCCAAAGUCCUCAUCAAAAACUGGAAACGGCUCCUGGAAUCCCCAGGAUCUUCCAAAAGACAGGAAAGAGAAAAAGCAAAGAAGAAGAAGAAAAAGAAGGAGAGAGGGCUUGCCUGUUCGGACUGGAAGUCGGAGGCAGCCCUUUCUCCGCCCAGGAAGAAACGAGAGGAAGAACCCAAGAACAGGAGAGAUUCUGUGGACUCCAGGUCUUCUGCUGCCUCCUCUCCGAAAAGGCCAUCGAUGGAAAGAUCAAACAGCAGCAAAUCAAAAGCGGAGACCCCCAAAACACCCAGCAGCCCCUUGACUCCCACGUUCGCCCCCUCUGUCUGCCUCCUGGCUCCCUGCUACCUCACAGGGGACUCUGUCCGGGACAAGUGUGUGGAGAUGCUGGCAGCGGCCCUGAAGGCAGAAGACAACUACAAGGACUACGGAGUCAACUGUGAUAAGAUGGCGUCAGAAAUUGAAGAUCAUAUCUACCAGGAGCUCAAGAGCACCGACAUGAAGUACCGGAACCGCGUGCGCAGCCGCAUCAGCAACCUCAAGGACCCCAGGAACCCCGGGCUCAGGCGGAACGUGCUCAGCGGGGCCAUUUCCGCCGGGCUCAUCGCCAAGAUGACGGCAGAGGAAAUGGCCAGUGACGAGCUGAGGGAGUUGAGGAAUGCCAUGACCCAGGAGGCCAUCCGCGAGCACCAGAUGGCCAAGACGGGUGGCACCACCACCGACCUCCUCCAGUGCAGCAAGUGCAAGAAGAAGAAUUGUACCUACAACCAGAUGCAGACACGCAGUGCUGAUGAGCCCAUGACUACCUUUGUCUUAUGCAACGAGUGCGGGCACCGCUGGAAGUUCUGCUGACAGCUCCACCCACCGAGCCAGCAGUGAGAAGGAAGGAGGAAGCACUAUACCACUUCACCUGGAGAAAAACUAAAUUAAAAUGAAGAAAAUCCUGCACCCAGAAUGAGGCAGUAGGGAUCGGAAGGAGACAUCUUUUGCCCAUUAGUAAUCAAUCAUUCAUGACAAUUGGCUAACAGAGGAGCCUAACCGGAGUACCACGCUAAAAUCUGUUGAUAAACUUCUUGUAGAAAAUGAAUUAGAGCUGAAGUGUCACAUCUUUGA